AUGGCCUUCCAAGCAACGCCCGCGGACAUCUCGGUCAUCAUCUCAACAGCCUCGGCCACUCAACCGACAUCGAAUGAACCGUCUCUAGCCACAGAACGACGCGUCACACCAUCAUGGAGCAUAUCUCAACUCAAGCGGAAGCUCGAAACUAUGACUGGGGUUCCCCCAGGCAGUCAACGAUUAUUAUUCAAGUCUCCGGGACGACCGGACCAGUGGAUUGAAGGAGAAGAUCGAUUGAUUGGCGAGUGGGGAUUGGUGAGAGGAUGUGAGAUUGAGGUCCAUGAUACACGCCCAGCAGCAGCAAGGCCCAACUUUGCGGAUUUGUCAUCUGUUGAGAAAUAUGAACUACCCGCUGAGAAAUACGAAUCCUUGAAUAAUUCUGUGCUUGCUUGGAAGAAAUCUCAGAAGCUAGGCAGGUUCGAUCCUAACACGCAGUCCCCGGAGGACCUCUUGCAUCAGCAAAUAGCAAAGGAUAUUGAGGCAAUUGAGAAAAAAGAUAUAAAACUUCUUUCUCGAGCAAUCAUUCUCCCCUCCUCACCACCACAUAUCCGUCGUGGUACGGUUCGAUAUAUUGGUCCAGUCACCGAAAUCCCAUUCGCUCCACUCAAGGAUAAGAAAGUCACAACUGAAGAUGGCCAUCCUCUUGAACCGCUCUGGGUUGGUAUUGAAUUGGACGAGCCCACGGGUAAAAAUGAUGGAAGUAUAGCUGGAAAGAGAUACUUUGAAUGUGCGGGAAACAAUAGAGGUGUGUUUGUGAAGCCAGAGAAGGUGGAAAGAUUUGAUUAUUGGCUGCACGGUAAAUAUGUUAGAAGGCUAUGA